AUGUCUUCACUUCCCCGGGCCCUCCACAUCACCGACCUCGACCAAACUCCUACCCCAAACGCGUCCCUUCCACCCUCUCAUGCGACUUCUCACUCUGAGUCUGGCCUGCUUCCUCAACAACGCGAAAUGGAGGGCCAUGAUCAAUACGAUGGUCUAAACCAGGGCUCCUCUGCCCUCGGGCAAUUCUCUUUCGCCCCAACCACUCGCACCACAGUCGUCACCACCACAACUACCACUACUACCUCGUUUCCUCCCCUGAUCAUCAAACCACCGAAAGCUAUCAAGGAUCUCGAUGCCCGGCAGUAUCCCCUAGCUGCGUCCCCAACACCCGCUUCACUGCGAAACCUUAAGUUCAGAAUCGGGGACAAGUCAGUCGUGUUCAACGAGCCAGAUGAUGCCGCCGCGGCAUCCACGGAGCUGCUGGAAAGGAACGACGCCCUCCAAUCAUCAAAUGGCCUUAUUCGUUCCGUGAGCUCCUUUGCCUCCGAAGACGCAACCUCCCCCAAUCGGCCCGUCUCCCCAGUCUCGAUCCCUGACCCUCGACCAUCGAUCCUCCCUCGGACGCGUGCAACCCGAGUCCCUUCCGAGCCCGUAGCACGGCGUACCCGCAAUGGUACAUCGACAUCCACUCAUCUUUCACCAGCCGGCCUGGCCACUCCUGAGACCGAACAAAGUGUAGGAAGUAUUGGAGAUGCCCCCACCUCCAGGCAGCGGGUGCACAGCGCCGCUUACCCACGCCGAGAAACCCUACUUCGCUCCCCGCUGUCUUCUGAAAUAGCCCCGUCCGUCACUUCGCACGCCUCUGGACAAGCACAGAACACUGGAAACCGAAAUGUUGCAGGGGCUCCAACUGGUGAAGAGUCAUCUGAGCCCGCCUCAUUCAACCAAAGUUCGUCAUUCACGGUCUCGGAGAACACCUCUCAACCUAGGCUAGGCCUCCAAGGUACCAUUUCUGCAAUCGAUAAUGCUAUGGCCCAGGACAUGUGCUUGCCAAGUCCUAGCUUGUCGCCAGUGGCAGCCAUGAACGCUUUGCAUGGGGACUCCUCCUUCGAAUCCGAAGACCCUGAUAUAGAUACGGACUCUAGCCUUGACCAUAACGUGGGCCGAUCUUCAAAGACGCUUAGACUAAAUGACACAGGCCCCUCUCGUUCCAGGUCCUCCAAAUCUCGAUCACCGCCAUCUCUGUUGGAUAUGCCUCGGGUUUUAGAGUUCUUCGAUUCAAUUCCCGAAGAGAUGAAGAGUUAUCUCAUGUACCAAUUUCUUCGGCGCUGUCCUAAGCCUACCCUUCACUUCGUGGCCGACGUGGUGAAUCCCACCCUCAAAUGCGAUUUUCUCUCAUUCCUUCCUCUUGAGCUGAGUCUGAACAUCGUAAAAUACUUCGAUGUCCAAACAAUGUGUCGAGCUGCACAAGUGUCAAAGAAAUGGCGUCAUAUCAUCAACUCGGACGAGAAGACAUGGAAAGAACUUCUUGAUCGAGACGGCUAUGUUCUUUCUGAUGGCGAGCUAGAGCGGGCCAUCAAGGAGGGAUGGGGCUGGCAAUGCAGCAAUGUGGAAAACUUCGAGAAGGAUUUGAGCGUUACGUUCGUCAGAGCGGACGAAGAGGGAUCGUCACCCGCCGCGUCAUCGUCCACUGGAGCCGACAGACCCUCAUCGCUGCCCUUGGCGCCCAACAGGCGGCCGAAAAGGAAAGCCAACUCACGAGGCUCAAGUCGAAAGCUUGCCAAGCGCAAGAUCUCAUCUAGCGGGAGCGACCAGGCUGAGCCCGAGUGGAAAAGAGAGAUUGCUGCGUCGGAGGCACCAUAUGCCGCUGCCAACGCUGCGGCUGCAGCGGUUCCAUACCCUGAAAUCGGCCUCCCUUCCCUCCGCGGUCUGUACCUGUACAAGGCACUUUAUCGCCGACAGCAUGCUAUUCGCCGCGGCUGGAUGAACCCGGAAGUGAAGCCUCGCCACAUUGCUUUCCGCGCCCACGAUCGUCACGUUGUGACCUGUCUUCAGUUUGACACAGAUAAGAUUCUCACCGGCAGCGAUGAUACCAACAUCAACGUCUAUGACACGAAGACCGGUGCUUUGAAAGCCACCCUCGAGGGCCACGAGGGUGGUGUUUGGGCUCUGGAAUAUCACGGCAAUACCCUGGUCUCUGGCUCCACUGAUCGAACCGUUCGUGUAUGGGACAUCGAAAAGGCACGAUGCACGCAGGUCUUUUCUGGGCAUACCUCCACUGUUCGCUGCUUGCAAAUUGUCCUUCCCACUGAGAUCGGCAAGGACGCCCAUGGCCGUGCUCUCAUGAUGCCCAAACAGCCCUUGAUCAUCACAGGGUCUCGCGACUCGAACUUGCGAGUCUGGAGGCUUCCCAAGCCCGGAGACGCUCCGUACAACCCCCCGGCUCCUGCCGCGGAUGACUUCGACUGUCCUUAUUUUGUGCGUGUAUUGACUGGUCAUACUCACUCUGUUCGCGCUAUCGCGGCACAUGGAGACACUUUAGUCAGUGGUAGCUACGAUUGCACGGUCCGAGUGUGGAAGAUUUCUACGGGACAGGUCCAGCACACAUUGACAGGGCACUCCUUGAAAGUUUAUAGUGUUGUUCUGGACCACAAGCGCAAUCGCUGCAUCAGUGGCGCCAUGGACCAUAUGGUCAAAGUGUGGUCACUGGAUGACGGGUCUCUGCUUUACAAUCUCGAAGGGCACAGCUCCCUGGUUGGUCUUCUCGCUCUUCAAAAUGACCACCUCGUUUCUGCCGCCGCUGAUUCCACUCUACGAAUCUGGGAUCCUGAACAUGGACAUUGCAAGAACUCCCUGAGUGCUCAUACCGGUGCGAUCACUUGUUUCCAGCACGAUGGCCAAAAGGUCAUCUCCGGUUCAGAUCGGACUCUGAAGAUGUGGGAUGUCAGCACCGGCAACUGCAUCAGAGACCUUCUCACCGACCUCAGCGGUGUCUGGCAGGUCAAAUUCAACGAUAGACGUUGUGUAGCUGCCGUACAGCGUGAAGCCCUCACUUACAUUGAGGUCCUUGAUUUCGGUGCUGCUCGAGAUGACAUCCCCGGUAACAAACUCGGCAAGCGAGUCUUGGUGAACCGCCGCGGCCGGGAGAUCUCUGGCAGUAACGAUUCAGAUUCAGACUCAGACUGA